AUGAUCCAACAUGAUUUUUUUAAAACAGAGCUGCAUUCGCUCAGAAGUCAUGGUCACGUAGCAAAAAAUAGCAACAUCCUAAAUCUAAAUCCAUUUAUUGAUGCACAUGGCAUCUUAAGAGUCGGUGGUCGCUUGAGCCACGCUAUUGUUUCCUAUGACCAUAAGCAUCCCAUUUUACUACCGGGUAAACAUGCGUUCACGCGAUUAAUUAUUAUAGACGAACACGAACGUCAAUUGCACGCCGGAGCCCAAGCCACAUUGUCGGCAAUCCGUCAAAAUUACUGGCCGACGUCGGCUCGAAGUGUGAUUCGUAGCGUAAUAAAGAAAUGUACGACGUGCAUACGUAACACGCCAAGGUUAGGCGCAACUUUGAUGGCGGAUUUACCCGAAACACGAGUAAAUAUAGCAAAGCAUGUAUUUCAAAAAUGCGGCGUCGAUUAUGCGGGACCACUAUGGUAUAAGGAAGGUCAGCGAAAAAACGCGAAAUCAAUCAAAUGUUAUAUGGGUUUAUUUGUUUGUCUAGCUACUAAAGCCGUACAUAUAGAAUUGGCAUCAGAUAUUUCAGCGGAAGAAUUUUUAAAUGUAUUCAAACGAUUUAUUUCUCGAAGAGGACGUCCCACGGAUAUGUAUUCGGACAACUGUUUAAAUUUCAUCGGAGCUAAUCGCGAACUUAAUGAAUUGUACGACUUAUUCAAUAAUGAGGUUGUUAAGCAAAAAAUUGUUAAUUUCGCGACAUCCGAAAGGAUGAAUUGGCAUUUUAUUCCGCCUAAGUCUCCACACAUGGGUGGUUUAUGGGAGGCCGCCAUUAAAAGUGCUAAAUUUCACUUGAAACGCAUCAUCGGUGAGGCUUCGCUAAAAUAUCAAGAAUUAAACACGGUACUGAUACAGAUUGAAGCGGUAUUAAAUUCAAGGCCACUUACACCUUUAUCAAGCGACCCUAAUGACUUCAAUGCACUCACACCAGCACACUUUCUGAUCGGAUGUCCAAUCACAACGUAUCCAAAACCUAGCCUUAAGGAAUUGCAAACGAAUAGACUAUCUCGGUGGCAACGAGUGGAACAACUACGGCAACAUUUCUGGCAGCGCUGA